AUGGCACAUCAUCCUCCCAGUCAAGUUUCUCCGAGGCUGGCCUGCCUGGCCCUAGGCGUGCUCGCUGUCGGGAGGUUCAUCGGGGACGAUGCCUUCUCGAUGGCGAGGCGUGCUCCACCAGUACGUGACUUGCGCAGCUUGAAGGAGGACCUUGGGCGCCGCAUGCCAUCAGAGGCCACGAUUGCGGCACUCGAGGGAAUAAGGCCAAAGCGCAUUGUUUCCUCGAUGCGAGACCUGCAAGGCACGUGGCAUGCGACCACCCCCGAGGACGACUCUCCACCAAGGUUUGAGGGCUUUCCAAUGCAUGGAGACGUUCCGCGCAUGCUGCUGAGCUUGUACGCAGGGGACAUGGGAAGGAUGCUGAACAUGGAAGUCGUUGCUGCUCCCGUGCUGCACAUCACUGGGGACGGGCGAACCUCAACGGCGACAAAGCUUAGGUGGGGUCAGCAGCAAGACGAAAUCACUCUCCAAGGCAGGCUGGAGCUGAUUGGCUCCAAUCUCCUCCGGGAGAUGCCGCAAACGAUGAGAUCAGAUGCGUUGAAGCUAACAUUGCCUGCCCUACAGAAACGCAGGGAGGUGAGAAUCACGUACUUUGACGGUACCCUUCUGAUCUUGCGGGAUGCACGUGGCGUCGUGGACAUGCUUUGGCGCGAGGAAGAGCCGGAGAUGGACAACAUGCAGGUGCAGCGCGCAGGCAGCGCACGCGCUGGGCACAAGGCAAAGAAGGUUGAUCGGAGUGCCUGGGAGGCGGCACGCCUGGAGAGGGCGCUCGGGCGGAAUGAGCGGCGCUAUGACCUGCUGAAUCGUCGCCUGCAGUGGGUCACAAGCAACUUCCUGGAGGCUGAAGCUACGAAGACAUCCGGAAGCUGGCACGUGGCCUCCCUGAAGAGGGCCUUCGAGCGCAUGGGCCGGCGCAAUGACCUGCUACAGCGCCGCCUAGAGUGGCUGGUUAGCAACUCCCCGAAGGUGAACACGCGCGUCGCACCCCUGGAGAGGGCGCUCAGGCGCAUGGACCAGCAGAAAGACCUGCUCCAGCGCCGCUUGCAAUGGCAUGUGGGCAGUUCCCCCAAGGCGAGGAAGAGCGAUCGCGAUGCAAAAUGGCACGCGAAAUCCCUGGAGAGGGCGCUCGGGCGCAUGGACCGGCGCAAUAACCUCCUGCAGCGUCGCAUGAGUUGGGUCCUGGGCAAUGAGCAGGCGCGGAAGAACAAUCGCAACAUCGCUGCGACGCUGCCUGGCGAAGGAAGCUGGCACAUGGAGUCCUUGGAGAGGGCGCUUGGGCGCAAUGAGCGACGCAAUGAGCUGCUCAAGCGUCGUCUGCAGUGGCUGGCGGGCAAUUUCCCGGAGGCCGAAUUUGCCACGGGCAAGUCGGUGGCGAAGAGCCCGUCCACUUCGGUGUUCGGAAGCGGCACUUCUGGGAGGCAGAGCCUGACAAGAACCACCAGAAGCCUGUCCAAGGCUUGGACCCGGCCCUGGACCAAGCGGCGCACGAAGCUGUCGGAAGCGAUUUCGAGGCUGGAGGGGGCAUUGGAUGCUGUCCGGACCAGCACGCAGGCCAAGGGGCACCGGUCCCGAGCCCAAGAUGUCGAAGCUGCCCUUCAUGGGGAGCUGGCGAACUUGCGCAGCGAGCUAAAGGACCUGGAGCAGCACGAGGUGAGGAGCAGCGAGAUGGCGAAAGAGCCAAAGAUCAGGGUGGCAAAGCAGGCCAAGAAGAGCAAAAGCAAGCGCGGGUUGUGGGCGCUUCCUGCCUGGCUUGGUUCUGGCGAGUAA